UUCAGCGAGAACUCCAGUUCCCUGAUCCGCUGCAUCCCCAACGAACGGGCCACGUUCUUCGUGAAGAUCGACUGCGCCGAAGAGGAUGAGCCCGAGCUGCUGCCCUUCAAAUUCGAAUGGAGCCGAGGUGAGAUUCCCAUUGAGAAUUCCGACCGCUUCCGCAUCACGGCCACCAGCAAUGCCGUCCAACUGGCCGUGGAGCAUGUGCAGCGGGAGGACGCCGGCCACUACACGCUGUUCGCCCGGACGAAGAGCCAGGAUGUGGUACGCAGGCACGUCGAGCUCAUCGUGGAGGACAGAUCCACGGGCGACGAUCCGCCGGUGUUCCUGCGCCGCCUGCCCGACCUAUCCGUCAAAGUGGGCACCCGGACACGCCUCCUAACCGAAAUACGCAGCUCAACAGAUCUUAAGCUCACCUGGUACAGAAAUGACCGAAGAGUGUGCGCAAACGACCGCAUCACGGAGGUCAAUGAGGGCACCUUCCACUACUUGGAGAUUAGUCCCGUGACGCUGGACGACGGCGGUCAGUGGAUGCUCAUGGCGGAGAAUUUUGGUGGACGCAACUCCUGCCUGGGAACGCUGAACGUCCUGGUGCCGAAGGCCUACAAAACACCCGAAUUCGUGGAGGAGCUGCGUGCGGUGCUCACGGAGCAGGGAACCGUCUCGCUGGAGUGCAAGGUGGUGGGUGUGCCCACGCCUCAUUUGCGCUGGUUCAAGGACUCCAAGGAGAUCAAGGCCGGUGACAUGUUCGCGCUGACCGCCAACGCAGAUGACCCCACCUCGCUGGGCACGUACACGUGUGAGGCGCGCAACUGCAUGGGCGUCACCUACUCCAGCUCCAAGGUGCAUGUGGUGGGACGCGGAAGUCGCGAGGGAUCUCUCAAGCCAGCGGACAGCGUGGCAGGCAAUGCUCCGCCUCCGAUAUUCACGAACGAACUGCGAGACAUGAGCCUGCUCAUCGGGGAGACCAUCAUUCUCGGCUGUCAAGUGGUGGUGCCGCCGUGGCCGAAGAGCGUCUGCUGGUACAACGCGAGCGGACGGGUGGAGACCGCCGAGCGGUACAAGCUGAUCGAGGACGGCCUGGGCGUCUACAUGAUCGAGGUGAAGCCGUCGGAAUCCUGCGACGCCGGCGAAUGGAAAUGCGUGGUGACCAGUUUCGACGGCAGCAUGGGCAUUUCAACAUGUUCCGUAGCCAUGGACAUACCUAGGAACUAUCGCAAGCCCCGGUUCAUGGAGAGUCUGCGCGCCGUGCUCACCGAGGAGGGACUGGUGUCCUUCGAGUGCAAGGUGGUUGGCUUUCCCACGCCCGUGCUCAAGUGGUUCAAGGAUGGCCACGAACUGAAGCCGGGCGAUGUCUACCAGCUGACGGGCACCAACUCACUGGGCACCUACUGCUGCAUUGCGCGCAAUUGCAUGGGUGAAACCAGCAGCACUGCCGUCCUCACUGUGGAGGACAUUCAGAACCAGCUGACCGACGAGGAGCGACUUGUCUUCACCCAACAGAAUCAGAACCAAGCGCCAAAGUUUCUAACUGGACUGAAGAGCACGGAUGCUAAGAUCAACGAACCCUUUCAGUUCAAGGUGGUAGUGAAGGCCACUCCGGAUCCAAUACUCUCCUGGUUCCGCGACGAGCUGCCCAUUGAUCCGAACGAAAGAUAUAACCAUUAUCGAGGUGAAAACGAAGACUGGCUGCUGGACAUCAAGUCCGUGGAGUUUGUGGAUCAAGCGGAGUGGAAGUGCGUGGCCGUGAAUGAUUUCGGCACCAGCAUCACUUCCUGUUUCCUAAAGCUGCAGAUACCGCGGCACUACAAGAAGCCCCGCUUCCUGGAAUCCCUGCGAGCUGUGCUCACUGAAGAGGGAGCCGUAAAUCUGGAGUGCAAGGUCAUCGGAGUUCCUCAGCCUGCGCUCAAGUGGUACAAGGAUGGGGUGGAGCUAAAGCCGGGCGAUAUUCACCGGAUUAUUUCUGGCCAGGAUGGCACCUGCUGCCUGGGCACUUACACGUGUGAAGCGAAGAACUGCAUGGGUAUCGUGGCCAGUUCGGCCUCGCUUCUGGGCUUCGAGGAUGCCCAAAGAAGUCAGCAGCAAAAGAGCGAGCAACAUCACGAGAAUGAGCUACAAAGGAAUUAUUCCCUGUCCACCAUCCAGGAGGAGCGCACCUCUCAGCUGUACGAGACGCCAGUCGGUGACAUAACCAUCGAUGAGAAGGGUGACGUGUCUUUCUCCUUCGACGGCAAGGAGGUAUCGGUUUCACUCUAUGAGACUCCCGAUCUCACAGAGGAGGAAGCCCUGAAGAUUGUGGAGAUGUAUGCCGAUCAAAUUUCGGAGCAUGUUACUGAGCACAACAUCGUCGAACUGCCGCCAUUGCGCUUCGUCAAGGAGACCUCGCAAUCGGGAAAACUUCUGAUGGAAGCGGUGGUCAUCGACAUUUCACCUGAAUACUUUACAGUCGAGGACGAUAUGCGAACUGAGGCUGAUAUGGAUGACAUUUCCAUAAACGAGAUCACGGUACACGGCUCUUCCGGAAGAGAAGGCCGAGUGGACAGAGAGACCGAGCAGUAUGUUCAGCAGUCCUUUGACAAAAUGGAGGAGGAACUGUCGCUAUCAGCUCCAAUUCGAAAGCGAAAGAAGUCCAAGCCCACGGAAACGGAUGAGUUCUUUAGCUUAUCCAAAGCCUCCGGCAGCCAAGGUGAGGAGGAGACAUCCGAUUUGCAAACCUUUGCCAGUGCCCAGAUGUCCGCAUCACAAAAAGCCGCCUCUGGCGCACAGACAAGUCCGGAGAAGGACAAGGAUUCAGUGGCACCGCCAAAGCGCAAGAAGUCCAAAAAACCCACAGACACCGAUUCCUCCAAGACAACAGAGGAUGAUGCUCGUCUGCAGGAUAUUUCGGGAGCAGUGGGAGACGGACUGAUGGUAACAACAUCCUCCCAUGCAAAGGUUGUUUCCGAUGAGAAUGAGAUCAAUAAAAAUCUGAUUGCCCUCGUUCCGCUCGCAAAGUUGCUGAAGGUUAUCGACAAUCAUUUGAGUGCCGUCGAGAAUGAGGUGAUGGAACAGUCCACCAUGAUGAUGACCCCGUCGGCAGCGGAUCAGAGCAUAGCCAUCAUCCGCAACAUAAUCGAGCCCAUCAAGCAAAUCGAAUCGAAAUUAAGGGUAUACUCUGGAGAGACCCAAAUCGACGCCCUCAUCCAAUCGAUGGAUGAGGAUAUCCGACGACUGCACAUGGGUCUCCAGGUCAUUGAAAAGUGCGUGGAGAUCGACGAGACUGGAGCCACGCUCAUCCAACGCACCAGUGUCUGCAUCAUUGACAGCGUGGCGGAGCAAAUGAAGAGAGCCCUGGAAGAGCUGAAAAUCGUUAGCAGGAAGUUCGAAUCGGAGUGUCUACGAGCCCAAAUCGAACUGACUGCCGAUGACAUCCAACAGGGAUUAGAGAUCACGCAGGGCACGAUUAAAUCGCAGGCUCUUCUGCAGGAGGCACAGGAACUGGAGGCAGCAAAGCACUUUUCGGAAACGGUUGAAAAAAUGCAAGAAGUGCCCGAUUCCAUGUCCUUCGCCACCAUAUCGGAGGCCAAUCUGCCCAGCGAAGCAAGCGCUCUCAAGGAUAUUUGUCAGCCAGUGGCAAAGAUACAGGAAGCCCUUGAGCGUGUCGAAAUGGAACUAUCGCUGGAGGAGUCCGAGGAGCAGAUCUACAAGAAGGUGCACCAGAAGGUGCUGGAGAGCAUUAUGGAGCCGAUUAAGCAGCUACAAUCCACACUGCAGUCUAUUGAAGAUAAGACGGAAUCCCUCGCAGGAUCCGAGUCAAUUGAGCAAAAAAUAAACAUGGCCAUUCUGGAUAUCGUUACGCCCCCUCUUUUUGAGCUCAAAAAGGGUCUAGAAGUAAUCCUUAGUGAAAAAUCAGGAAGUGUGGAGGGAGGAAUGCUGACAGUUAGCACUGUGGAAUCCAUGGUGCCACCCUUGCAGGAGAUUCAAAACGGCCUGGCGCAACUGGGCCAAGAACUGGAAAGUGGUCAGGACUCCGUGCCUCAGGAGCAACCGCGAUCUGAGCCAGUAAUGGGUGUGGCUGAUACCCAGAAACUCUUACAGUCAUUUGCCCAGGCUGUCUUACAUUUUGAGACGAACAUCGAGAGGAUCUCUGGCCGACUCUCCCCCAACGUUAAGAUCCGCUUGCUGAACCUAAAAGAUGAACUCUCAGCUCUAAUAGGCUCAAUUUUGGAGAGGGAAAUUACCGGACAUCAUGUUGAAUUGCUGGACAGACUAAAGCGACCCGUCGACGAGCUAAACUACUGCUUCCGUCAGACAGAGGUCAAGAAUAUGACUGGCUCCUUAGCCGAUCUGAUUGAGCCACUGAGUAUGCUACAGGAGAACACCCAAAAAGGUCACCAACGUUUGCUAGUCGCUCGGGAACCCGAUCAGCAGGCCCUUCAGACGCUGGACAACAUACGCAGUCUCAUCCGCAACGUGGUCAUCGAUAUAGAAGAGCACGAGUUUAAGAUCCUACAGCAAGAGAUUCAACAGGAUGAGGAGCAAGCAUCGCAGCAGCAGGACAAAUCAUUCAGCGCUCUGCGGAAAGUGCUGGAGACCAAAGUGUCCCUGGAGGAAGCAGUUGGGAACAUAGAAACCCUGCAGGAAGCCUUAAACAAAAUCAGUGAAAGCCCCAAGGCUUCUGAACGAGUGAAGAGCUCCUCAAACGAAGCGCAAGUGUAUCUUCUUCGCAUCCUGCAAAUUGCUAAAGGACUGGCGACAUUUAGCGAGGCAGAGACAACACUCGACGUCAACGAGGCCAAUACGACUAGAAUUCUCUUCGAGUGUGGCAAAAGUUUUGCUGACUUGGCUAAAGCCCUACACAGUCCCGAAUCCCUGACUGAGAGUGAGUUCAUAAAUGCACUGAAUCAGUUUGGUGACAUUGUUGGCCAACAGAAGGAGUCUAUGGAUGAAAAGCUAUCCAUUGCCAGUCCGCUGACCAGUCUGAUUCAUGUGCUCCAAAAUCUGAAGCCCCCGCGAGCUUCAAUGGAGGACCUAUCGACCUUGGAUGAUGUGUCAGUGCUUAAGUCAGUCGCAGAGUCUUUGCCCACUGAUCCGGAAGCGGAAGUGCCUAAAGGUCCCGAGAAACCAUCGACUGUUGCUGUCCUACUGUCCGACUUGAACCAGGGAAUCACAUCGGUUCUUUCGCAUAGUGAAGAUCCUGACGUUGUUUCCCUAUCGGGAACAGCUGCACAGCAGGUACAGGCAGCCCUCGUUAAGAUGCAAGAGCUGCAAAGUAGCUUGGCAGUGGUUCAGGAAACCAACUUGGUGGAAGCGGCUCAUUCGAUGUCAGAGGCCAGUCAACAGGGAACCUUCGCCGAGGCACUCUGCAGCUUGGAGCGCUGUGUUCUUCAGGUGGAGGAGUGCAUGGCCCACAGUGGCGUCGAGAGUUUGACCGAUCUUGAAUUGUCCAAGCUCAAGACUUUGGCCACUCCAUUGCACGAUGUGAGGCAAUACUGCGAGCAGAUCGAUGUGCAACUCUUGGAAAAUGUCAUUGAUAUAUCUACGCAGGGAGAUAUCUCUGAACUUAAGAGCAGUGGUCAUCAGCAAACCGUAUCAGAUCACAUCCAGGAAGUAGCCGUUGUGGAGGAAGAGCCGCAAGUGGAGGUUUUUGAUAUACAACAAGGUGUCGCCAGUGGCAUCAAGCAAUUAGAAGCCUGUCUGGAAGUUACCCAGACAGAUGCCAAUAAGGAGCUUCAGCAAGUUGGCAAAAUAAUGGAGCAACUGAAGUCAGAUCUGGAGAACAUACAGAUUGCCCUUGUCACUGAUACCGUGCAACAGGAAACCGUUCUGGCCCAAGCGCAAAUAGCUCGCACCAUGUUCAGAUUGAAGGAGUGCUUGGUGCACACCUAUGAAUCUGGCUUGGUGGACUCCUUGGAGAACGUAGAGAGUGCCUUUGAGGACAUACUGCUUUCGUUACCAAUUCUGGAAACUCAGUUGGCCGAGGAAAUGUUCGCCAAAAUCGAAAAGGCAUUCGCCAACUUUGUUACCUACUGUGAGCGUCCAGAAGCUGUGGACUAUCAAAAAUUAAAGACUCUAAAGCAACCUAUUGAGAAUCUAGUAGCUGCCAUUGGAGCUGUGGCCGCCCAGCCCACCGUAGAUGUCGACAAAUCAUCUUCUGUUGUUGUUCAGCUUCAGACUAGUCUAAUGGCUGCUUUCCGGAGCAUAAACGAUGCCAGCGAGCAGAUUAGUAACGAAGUCUUAGGUGGUCUUUUGAAGACGCAAAGCAGCUUAGUGGCUGUCUUUGAUUUUAUUGAGGGCAAUGACAAUACAAUUCGUGUCAUAGAACUACUACAGGAAAUGGAUUCGAUCACUGCGGAAUUGAAGGCAUUGUCCGAAAUUCAUGUUGAACCCACGGUGCCAAUCGAUAUAGGCAUAAUUAUUGAAAACGUUUCGUCUGGAAAGGCGUUCCUUACCGAAAUCGAGGAAGGACUUCGAGCCAAUAACCCGACAUGUAUUCUUUUGCUAGAUGAAAAUACGGAUGACAUUGCUCAGCUAGAGGCAACUCUUGUGCAAAUAGAGAAUGAAAUCCUUUCUCAGCCCCAACUCACUCAGAUAACCACUAAGCAGUUUGCUCUCAUAGAUGCACUGCAGCUGCAGAUCAGUAAUCUUCAGGAAAAACUUAACAAAUUGAACGUGUUUCUUUCCGAACUUCAAAGUCAAUCGGAUGUCUCCUCUCCUGAAUCUGCGCUGGAUACUGACAUAGAUAUUAAAGAAGGAUCAGGAAGCCAGGAAGACAUUGAACCCGAGGCUAAAAGACCCAAAAUGCGGGAAUCCGAUCAACAACUGGAUUCUUGCAAACAAACUGAAACUCAACAAGAAGUGUCUAAGAAAACGGAUGAUGAAAUCGAGAAAGAGAUUGAAGCUGAAUCAAAACUACAAAACCAAAAUGAGUUGGUUGCUAAAAAAGAUGAACAGAAGGCAGAUAAAGUAUCUGAACCCCAAGACAGAGAACAGCAAUUGGAAAAAGAGGACUUGGAUAAGCAAGUCCUGGAAGAAAAAGAUCUAGAGGCUAGUGCACAAAAGCAGGGUGAUCAGGAUGUCGAAAAGAAGUCCCAGAAACCAGAAGUAUCUGAGGUCGUAGCUGAGAAGAUAUCUGAAGAAAAGAUUGAAGAACCUAAGAAACCUGAAGUAAAGGAAACUGAAGUUAAAUCAGAGAAAGCCACAGCCUUGGAUAAGCAAGUCCUGGAAGAAAAAGAACUAGAGGCUAGUGCACAAAAGCAAGUUGACCAGGAUGUCGAAAAGAAGUCCCAGAAACCAGAAGUAUCCGAGGUCGUAGCUGAGAAGAUAUCUGAAGAAAAGAUUGAAGAACCUAAGAAACCUGAAGUAAAGGACCCUGAAGUUAAAUCAGAGAAAGCCACAGCAUUGGAUAAGCAAGUCCUGGAAGAAAAAGAACUAGAGGCUAGUGCACAAAAGCAAGGUGAUCAGGAUGUCGAAAAGAAGUCCCAGAAACCAGAAGUAUCCGAGGUCGUAGCUGAGAAGAUAUCUGAAGAAAAGAUUGAAGAACCUAAGAAACCUGAAGUAAAGGACCCUGAAGUUAAAUCAGAGAAAGCCACAGCCUUGGAUAAGCAAGUCCUGGAAGAAAAAGAACUAGAGGCUAGUGCACAAAAGCAAGGUGAUCAGGAUGUCGAAAAGAAGUCCCAGAAACCAGAAGUAUCCGAGGUCGUAGCUGAGAAGAUAUCUGAAGAAAAGAUUGAAGAACCUAAGAAACCUGAAGUAAAGGAAACUGAAGUUAAAUCAGAGAAAGCCACAGCCUUGGAUAAGCAAGUCCUGGAAGAAAAAGAACUAGAGGCUAGUGCACAAAAGCAAGGUGAUCAGGAUGUCGAAAAGAAGUCCCAGAAACCAGAAGUAUCUGAGGUCGUAGCUAAGAAGAUAUCUGAAGAAAAGAUUGAAGAACCUAAGAAACCUGAAGUAAAGGACCCUGAAGUUAAAUCAGAGAAAGCCACAGCCUUGGAUAAGCAAGUCCUGGAAGAAAAAGAACUAGAGGCUAGUGCACAAAAGCAAGGUGAUCAGGAUGUCGAAAAGAAGUCCCAGAAACCAGAAGUAUCCGAGGUCGUAGCUGAGAAGAUAUCUGAAGAAACGAUUGAAGAACCUAAGAAACCUGAAGUAAAGGACACUGAAGUUAAAUCAGAGAAAGCCACAGCCUUGGAUAAGCAAGUCCUGGAAGAAAAAGAACUAGAGGCUAGUGCACAAAAGCAAGGAGAUCAAGAUGUGGAAAAGAAGUCCCAGAAACCAGAAGUAUCUGAGGUCGUAGCUGAGAAGAUAUCUGAAGAAAAGAUUGAAGAACCUAAGAAACCUGAAGUAAAGGAAACUGAAGUUAAAUCAGAGACAGCCACAGCCUUGGAUAAGCAAGUCCUGGAAGAAAAAGAACUAGAGGCUAGUGCACAAAAGCAAGGUGAUCAGGAUGUCGAAAAGAAGUCCCAGAAAUCAGAAGUAUCUGAGGUCGUAGCUGAGAAGAUAUCUGAAGAAAAGAUUGAAGAACCUAAGAAACCUGAAGUAAAGGACCCUGAAGUUAAAUCAGAGAAAGCCACAGCCUUGGAUAAGCAAGUCCUGGAAGAAAAAGAACUAGAGGCUAGUGCACAAAAGCAAGGUGAUCAGGAUGUGGAAAAGAAGUCCCAGAAACCAGAAGUAUCCGAGGUCGUAGCUGAGAAGAUAUCUGAAGAAAAGAUUGAAGAACCUAAGAAACCUGAAGUAAAGGAAACUGAAGUUAAAUCAGAGACAGCCACAGCCUUGGAUAAGCAAGUCCUGGAAGAAAAAGAACUAGAGGCUAGUGCACAAAAGCAAGGAGAUCAAGAUGUGGAAAAGAAGUCCCAGAAACCAGAAGUAUCUGAGGUCGUAGCUGAGAAGAUAUCUGAAGAAAAGAUUGAAGAACCUAAGAAACCUGAAGUAAAGGAAACUGAAGUUAAAUCAGAGACAGCCACAGCCUUGGAUAAGCAAGCCCUGGAAGAAAAAGAACUAGAGGCUAGUGCACAAAAGCAAGGAGAUCAAGAUGUGGAAAAGAAGUCCCAGAAACCAGAAGUAUCUGAGGUCGUAGCUGAGAAGAUAUCUGAAGAAAAGAUUGAAGAACCUAAGAAACCUGAAGUAAAGGAAACUGAAGUUAAAUCAGAGACAGCCACAGCCUUGUAUAAGCAAGUCCUGGAAGAAAAAGAACUAGAGGCUAGUGCACAAAAGCAAGGAGAUCAAGAUGUGGAAAAGAAGUCCCAGAAACCAGAAGUAUCUGAGGUCGUAGCUGAGAAGAUAUCUGAAGAAAAGAUUGAAGAACCUAAGAAACCUGAAGUAAAGGAAACUGAAGUUAAAUCAGAGACAGCCACAGCCUUAAAUAAGCAAGUCCUGGAAGAAAAAGAACUAGAGGCUAGUGCACAAAAGCAAGGUGAUCAGGAUGUCGAAAAGAAGUCCCAGAAAUCAGAAGUAUCUGAGGUCGUAGCUGAGAAGAUAUCUGAAGAAAAGAUUGAAGAACCUAAGAAACCUGAAGUAAAGGACCCUGAAGUUAAAUCAGAGAAAGCCACAGCCUUGGAUAAGCAAGUCCUGGAAGAAAAAGAACUAGAGGCUAGUGCACAAAAGCAAGGUGAUCAGGAUGUGGAAAAGAAGUCCCAGAAACCAGAAGUAUCCGAGGUCGUAGCUGAGAAGAUAUCUGAAGAAAAGAUUGAAGAACCUAAGAAACCUGAAGUAAAGGAAACUGAAGUUAAAUCAGAGACAGCCACAGCCUUGGAUAAGCAAGUCCUGGAAGAAAAAGAACUAGAGGCUAGUGCACAAAAGCAAGGAGAUCAAGAUGUGGAAAAGAAGUCCCAGAAACCAGAAGUAUCUGAGGUCGUAGCUGAGAAGAUAUCUGAAGAAAAGAUUGAAGAACCUAAGAAACCUGAAGUAAAGGAAACUGAAGUUAAAUCAGAGACAGCCACAGCCUUGGAUAAGCAAGCCCUGGAAGAAAAAGAACUAGAGGCUAGUGCACAAAAGCAAGGAGAUCAAGAUGUGGAAAAGAAGUCCCAGAAACCAGAAGUAUCUGAGGUCGUAGCUGAGAAGAUAUCUGAAGAAAAGAUUGAAGAACCUAAGAAACCUGAAGUAAAGGAAACUGAAGUUAAAUCAGAGACAGCCACAGCCUUGUAUAAGCAAGUCCUGGAAGAAAAAGAACUAGAGGCUAGUGCACAAAAGCAAGGAGAUCAAGAUGUGGAAAAGAAGUCCCAGAAACCAGAAGUAUCUGAGGUCGUAGCUGAGAAGAUAUCUGAAGAAAAGAUUGAAGAACCUAAGAAACCUGAAGUAAAGGACACUGAAGUUAAAUCAGAGACAGCCACAGCCUUGGAUAAGCAAGUCCUGGAAGAAAAAGAACUAGAGGCUAGUGCACAAAAGCAAGGUGAUCAGGAUGUGGAAAAGAAGUCCCAGAAACCAGAAGUAUCCGAGGUCGUAGCUGAGAAGAUAUCUGAAGAAAAGAUUGAAGAACCUAAGAAACCUGAAGUAAAGGAAACUGAAGUUAAAUCAGAGACAGCCACAGCCUUGGAUAAGCAAGUCCUGGAAGAAAAAGAACUAGAGGCUAGUGCACAAAAGCAAGGAGAUCAAGAUGUGGAAAAGAAGUCCCAGAAACCAGAAGUAUCUGAGGUCGUAGCUGAGAAGAUAUCUGAAGAAAAGAUUAAAGAACCUAAGAAACCUGAAGUAAAGGAAACUGAAGUUAAAUCAGAGACAGCCACAGCCUUGGAUAAGCAAGUCCUGGAAGAAAAAGAACUAGAGGCUAGUGCACAAAAGCAAGGAGAUCAAGAUGUGGAAAAGAAGUCCCAGAAACCAGAAGUAUCUGAGGUCGUAGCUGAGAAGAUAUCUGAAGAAAAGAUUGAAGAACCUAAGAAACCUGAAGUAAAGGAAACCGAAGUUAAAUCAGAGACAGCCACAGCCUUGGAUAAGCAAGUCCUGGAAGAAAAAGAACUAGAGGCUAGUGCACAAAAGCAAGGAGAUCAAGAUGUGGAAAAGAAGUCCCAGAAACCAGAAGUAUCUGAGGUCGUAGCUGAGAAGAUAUCUGAAGAAAAGAUUGAAGAACCUAAGAAACCUGAAGUAAAGGACACUGAAGUUAAAUCAGAGACAGCCACAGCCUUGGAUAAGCAAGUCCUGGAAGAAAAAGAACUAGAGGCUAGUGCACAAAAGCAAGGAGAUCAAGAUGUGGAAAAGAAGUCCCAGAAACCAGAAGUAUCUGAGGUCGUAGCUCAGAAGAUAUCUGAAGAAAAGAUUGAAAAACCAAAGAAACCUGAAGUAAAGGACACUGAAGUUAAAUCAGAGACAGCCACAGCCUUGGAUAAGCAAGUCCUGGAAGAAAAAGAACUACAGGCUAGUGCACAAAAGCAAGGUGAUCAGGAUGUCGAAAAGAAGUCCCAGAAACCAGAAGUAUCCGAGGUCCCACAACCUUGGAUAAGCAAGUCCUGGAAGAAAAAGAACUAG